CUGAUUUAUUAUGAUUGAGUUGUGAUUAAACUACAAUUGUUAAUUAUUUAUCUAAUUAAUAUAAAUUCGUAUAUGUAUAUCUUGCAAAUACCGUUAUAUUUACCUUUAAAUAACAUGCAAAACAGUUAUUUUAUAAAUUGAAGAAGACAUUUUAUCAACAUUAAUAUGGCUCAACCAUCUUUAUCGGUGUCCUGGGAUGCAUACCAAAAUAGUAUAUGCCGCGGUCUUAGUACACUUCAACAACGCGGUGAAUUUGUGGACAUGACAUUGGCUGCAGAUGGGCAUAUGGUGCGAGUGCAUCGCAUGGUGAUGUCUCUCAUAAGUCCUUACAUCAAGCAGUUGAUUGCCUCUGCAGAUUGUCAACAUCCAGUCAUAUUUCUCAAUCAAGUAUCAUAUAAAACAUUAUCGUCGAUAUUAGAUUAUGCUUAUACCGGAGUAGUUCAGGUUCCUAAUGAAGAACUGAAUGCUUUUAUUGUAGCUGGGAAAGCACUUCACAUUAGAGGAAUCGUUGAUAUGAAUAUUGAUCAUGCAUUACCCAUGCUGAAUGCUCGUUCGGUUGUUCAGAUUCAAAACUCUGUAUCAAAUUCUAGCACAGCAGCAAAAGAAAAUAGAGAGAAAACCGAGUCCAGUAAUUCACCGAAAAAAGAAUCUUCAGCACCAGAAAUUUCCAGAGUAUUCGUUAACGAGAGCUCCCUUGACGAUGAUAUGGAUGCAUCGAAUUAUGACGACGUGCUGGAUCAAGAUUACAGUAAAACGAAAUAUUCUAAGACUGCAAAGGAAAAAGAAAGUACAAACAAAAAAGAUCAACCACCGAGCAUGCAGUAUUCAGUAUCAAACCAGGGCAACUUACAAAUGGUUUUAAAUCGUUAUCUAUAUUACUUGGUGUAUACGGGACGAAAUUCAGGACAUCGGAGGUGGCAAUGUAUCGAUAAUCAUUCGAAGAGAACUAAAUGUCAAGCUGCUGUUGUUACCAAAAAUAAUGUUAUUGUACAAAGGAUAUCGGCUCACAAUCAUUCGUUCCACGACGCUAAGAUUCUAAGGAAAGUGCAAAACGGCACAGUGUUCUCUGGCAUACAACAAGCUGAAGAUAUGGGUAAAAUGAUGGUAGAAGAACGAGGACGCUCUGGCGCCGGAAGUCAAGAUGAUUCGGAAGCUAAAUAAAUUUUAGAUUAAAUGCUGUUACUAUUGA